GCACGUCCCCGACCUCGGAGUGUACUCGGUGUGGCGCGCCGGAUAGUCACAGGCACGCGCGUCGGGACGACAGGUCUGUGUGCUUGGAGAAAGAAGGAGGAAAGAAACGCUGGAGAGAGGAAUGAUGGCGGUGAAGCAGUGACAAGUUUUGGGAAUGUAAAUUGAACGAAAGAGUACUUAGACGUCUCCAUAAGACACAGAAAACGCAGGAAACAGAGAUGUCCGCAGUCUAUGUGAACUGAAGAAAGGCGCCGGGAACAGCUCAGCAGGACUCAUGGCACAGUUCAAGUAGGAAAAAGAGGGCGCGUAUGAAACGCCAACGGACCGAGAAAUAAAGACUUGGAUGGAUAUAACUUGUUUUACGCCUGUCCAGUUAGAAGUCUUAUCUGCAUUGUCCAUUUCACCUCUGAAAAAUGAUCAAGACCGAAAGCAAAAGCGACAGGACCCUAAGGAGCUCAUCUCCUCAUAGAAAUGCUUACAAGUCAGACUUCCACGCAAUUAAAUGCUCUUUUGAUGGGGCUAAAUCCGACAGUGCUCCCAAGUCUUAUGCAAAUGGCUCUAGCGAGCCCCGGGAGGAGGCGAGGGGAAGACCGUUCGGCAACAGGGUGAAUAAGAUCAAAAACAUUUUCUUGCAAAUGGAUGGCCAGCAACAGGAGAGCCAAGAGGUGAAAACAGCCAUCAAAAGCGAUUCACCGCUUGUUACUCUGCAAAAACCACAAUGUGUAGCCAGUGCUCAUAGAGCUAGUUUAGGUAGUGUUAACAGCCCAGAGUCUCAGGGCUCAGACAGAUCGCCUAAGGGAGAUGAUGUGGAGAUUGAUAAAGCAGCACUGGCAGAGAAGUUCUCUGUGACCAGGAAAUUGUUUGAGAAGGGCAUCAAAGAUCAGCCUGAAAAACUAUCCCCCACUAAAGCAACAGGUCGGGUCUCUCUGGGCAGCGUGACUGACGAGGGGAGGGUUAGCAGACGAUGCUCUGGUUCUUCAGAGGUUGCCGUUGUUAGUGUCCGAGCUGAUCUCAGCCCUACUCCACUUAACAAAACAGCCCAGCAGGAUGACAGGGGCAACAGUGAAGAAAAGCGUCAGGGCUCUAGGUCCUCUCUGAAUGCUGGCCCCAUCUCCAGAAGGCUGGAGAACUUCAUGGCAGACAGUGAUGGUGAGGAGACGAGCAACAAGACCACACCCGGAGCAGUGGACAGUGGGAAUCUGUCCAGUGCCUCUGAGCGCUUGUUGGCCAUCUCCCCAGUUGGUCAAGGUCAAAACUUUCACAAACCCACCUCCCGAGUUAGCGAUGGUCUUUGCAAACCCUCUGCUGGCACUGCCACAACCAAACCUCCCAAUCCUUCUGCAACGGAUCUGAAACAGGCUUCAGCAUAUGCCAGCUCCUUGUACGGUUCCAGCAAAGCCAAGGUCCUGGACGUGGCCAGGGAAGAGGGUAUGGCGCAGCGCAGCACUGGGGAUCUGCUGCCCCACCGGGCUGUCGAACUGGAUACUGCAGGAGUAGGGGUGGUCCGAGCGGAGUUGGUGGUGGUCCAGAAUGAGUCAUCAGAGAGUGAGGAAAAUGAGGACAAAAACCUAGAGGACAGUGUUUUUGAGGAACCAAACACAGACCUUACAGAGGUGCCUAAAGCAGAAAGCUCAAGUGAGCUGGGAGGAGAUUUCCCAGAGAAGCUAAGAGGGGACAGUACAAAGGAGGACAUAACAAACUCCUUAGUGGAGCUCAAGCCAGAUGCCCCAAAGGAGCCUGUGGUUGACCCUGUUGUUGAGAGUUGGGAAGAGCCUCCCACAAACCACUUCUCUCAGAAGGCAACAGGUGAGGAGUCAGAGGUCACAGAAAUGUUGGAAAAAAAGGAAAAGGGAAGUAGCAGUGAAGAGAAGGAAUUGAGAUCAGUUGAGGAGCACAGAGACAAGGUUGAGCCAGUGAGGCAGAGCAAGGAUUACAGAGAGGAGGAAGAAGGUGGGGAGGAGGAGAGUGAUCAGGAGGAUCAGGUGGAACAAAGUCCCCGGGCGGUAGUUUCUCCCAUCGUCUAUGGCAUUGAGAACGCCGCAUUUGUGGAUGACAAGGACACGGAUCAGGAACAUCACGAGGAGGCCCAUUCCUCUGAGGAGUAUGAGGAGGUGCCUGGCCUAUCAGAUGAGGAUGACCCAGGACCGCGGAGGAAGAUCAGAUUCUCCACCGCACCAAUCCAGGUAUACAUUUACAUUUUGUAACUGUUUAUUUCCCCC